AUGCCGACGUCUGGUCAGACGACAGCAAAGUCACGGUUGUCAGUUGGCGUCAUCAGGUACGGCAUCGUUGCCGUCUGCUGUGAAGUGGAAGGCGGCUCCCCGUUCUUCUUCUUUUUCUCCUCCUCCUUCUCCUUGUCCUCCUUCUUAUUCUCCUUCUCCUUCUCCUGCUCUUCCUUCUGCUCCUUCUCCUUUUUCUGCUCCUUCUCCUUAUCCUCCUCCUUGUCCUCCUUCUUAUUCUCCUUCUCCUUCUCCUCCUCUUUAUUCUCCUUCACCUCUUCCUUCUCCUUCUCCUCCUUCUCCUUCUACUUCUCCUUCUUCUCUUUCUCUCCUUCUCCUCCUCCUCUUCCUCCUUCUCCUCCUUUUCUUCCUCCUCCUCCUACUCCUCCUUCUUAUUCUCCUUCUUCUCCUCUUUCUUCUCCUUCUCCUCUUCCUUCUCCUCCUCCUUUUUCUCCUCCUCCUCCUUAUCCUCCUCCUUGUCCUCCUUCUUAUUCUCCUUCUCCU